UUCUGUUUUUUUUUCUCAGCAGAGUUCGACAGUAUAAAGAGCGUCUCUGUGGUGGACACAGAUGUACUAAAGCGCGGAGCUGAGAGAGAGAGAGAGAGAGAGAGAGAGAGAGAGAGAGAGUGUCCUGUGGACUAUGCCACUAGAAAUAUACAGUACCGUAGAUCUUCGCUGAUGAAAGCACAAGCGGGAUAAUUAGACCAAGGCUGUGCGCAAAUCCUCAACGCGGGACAGCGGCGAGUCGCAGCGGGUAUAACGCGCCGGACAAAACGCGGCAUCACGCUCAGCAUAAAGUGCGUCUAAAUCUCUGCCUAUCGGAUAAAAUGUGCCCGUGGUAUUAUAUUGUACUUUUAGCUGCGUGUGUAUUCAGUGGGAGAGUUUCGGAGGGGUUUGAAGCAGAAGAGAUCGUGCCUAUCCGUUUAACGGGACGCACCGGGAGACGCGUAACGAAGAGAAGCGAAGAUCAUCCGAGUUUUAUACUCAGGGCUUUCGGGCGCAAUUUCACACUGAAUCUACAACCGGACACCAGCUUCAUAUCCCCGUUACUGAAAGCGUAUCAUAUCCGAGCGAAGGAUUUAUCCGCAGCACAGAGACAGGUGUCAGUCUUCGACCUAACAGAUGUGAACAUGGGUGAAACCGCAACAGCUGGAUCACAACUGCGAGGCUGCUUCUUUACAGGAACUGUUGACUUUAAUGAUGAGUCAGUGGUGUCAGUCAGUCUCUGUCACGGCAUUGUGGGAUCGUUCUUUUCGGACGGAGACGAGUACCAGAUCAAGCCCAAGCGCUUUGGCACGGGAACGAACGAGAGCGCAACUGACCAGCCGCAUGUCAUCACAAGACAGCAACUGACCAAAAGACUUCGAGACGCAAGUCAGUGGCUUGCUGGGACACAUGGGGAAAGUUCCCGGAGGUCAGGUAAACACAGCAGGGAUAGCUCAGGGUCUUCCAGACGCAGGCGCUUUGUCUCCGUGCCGAGAUUUAUCGAGACUCUGGUGGUGGCGGACGCUUCAGUGUCGAGUUUCUACGGAGAAGACACCAAGCACUAUGUCUUGACCUUGGUGUCCGUGGCUGCUCAGAUUUACAAGCAUCCCAGCAUUAAAAACUCACUGAACAUGGUGGUAGUGAAGUUGCUGAUAGUGGAAGAUGAGGAGGUUGGACCAUCUGUCUCCAGUAAUGGAGGCUUGGCACUUCGUAAUUUCUGUUCUUGGCAGCAGCAAUUCAACCCAUCCAGCCAGAGGCAUCCUGAGCAUUACGACACUGCCCUGCUAUUCACUAGAGAGGACAUUUGUGGCCAUCAGAGCUGUGACACACUUGGCAUUGCUGAUGUGGGGACCAUGUGUGACCCUAAAAGGAGUUGUUCAGUUAUUGAAGACAACGGACUACAGGCGGCGUUCACAAUAGCUCAUGAAUUAGGCCAUGUGAUGAGUAUGCCUCAUGAUGACUCGAAGAACUGUGAGAGGUAUUUUGGAAAUCUGCCCACGCAUCAUGUUAUGGCUCCAGUAUAUACAAGCUUUAUAAAGAAGUCCCCCUGGUCCCCCUGCAGUGCAUUCUACAUCACAGAGUUCUUUGACAAUGGCCACGGAGACUGCUUACUGGAUGCCCCUGAGAAGAUUUUGCCCUUGCCCACUGAGUUGCCUGGUGUGAUUUAUAGCCUGGACCACCAAUGCCAGCAGACCUUUGGAGAGAAUUUCUCACACUGUCAGAAUGUUUCUGCUGGUGAGGUGUGCAGCCAGCUGUGGUGCCAGGAGGAAGGCCAGUCUGUGUGUACCACCAGAAAUGGGAGUUUACCCUGGGCAGAUGGCACAGAUUGUGCCCCCAACAGGAAGUGCCUGGAUGGUGUUUGUAUUUCUUCUGAGGAGGUAAUGGAACCAGGUAACAAGGAGGUGGUGGAUGGUGGAUGGGGAGAAUGGGGUGUGUGGAAGCCUUGCUCUCGCUCCUGUGGUGGAGGAGUAAUGUUCUCGUACAGAGAGUGUGACCAGCCAGUUCCUCAGAACCGAGGAAAAUACUGCGAGGGACAGAGAGUUCAGUAUCGCUCCUGCAAUACACAGGCCUGUGAAACCAGUCAUGGGAAAAGCUUCCGUGAAGAACAGUGUGAGAAGUAUAACAAUCCCAAUCAUUUUGAUAUUCGUGGAAAUGUCAAGCAGUGGAUACCAAAAUAUGCUGGUGUAUCACCACGGGACAGAUGUAAACUCUUUUGUAGAGCAAGAGGCAGCAGUGAAUUCAGAGUGUUUGAAGCCAAGGUCAUUGAUGGAACAGCAUGCAGUCCAGAUUCUACGUCAAUCUGUGUCCAAGGCCAGUGCAUUAAAGCUGGCUGUGACCUCCAGAUUGGCUCCAAUAAGAAGCUUGACAAGUGUGGUGUGUGUGGUGGGAAUGGUCUUAGCUGCAGGAAGAUAUCAGGUUCAUAUAAUGAAGUCAUCCAGGGGUACAGUGAUAUUGUAACAAUCCCAAUAGGGGCCACCAACAUUGACAUCAAGCAGCGGAGCCUCAAGGGCAAAAAACAUGAUGGGAACUACCUAGCUAUCAAAAGAGAAAAUGGUGAGUAUAUACUGAAUGGCAACUUCUCUGUGUCCACUGUCGAACAGGACAUUCCAGCUAAUGGGGCUGUGCUCAAGUACAGUGGCUCAGCGACCAUCUUAGAACGAAUUCAAAGCUUUCGCCAACUCAAGGAAGCCAUCACCAUCCAACUCCUGUCCACCACUGGAGAGACAGCCCCAGCAAAGAUCAAAUAUACAUUCUUUAUCCCUAAAGGCAUCCCUUUCAGUAAAACAAAAGAAGGAAAGACAUCUGUUCAUCCUUUUGGUGUUCCACAGUGGGUAGUGGGAGAGUGGUCAGAGUGUUCCAAAAGCUGUGGAUCAGGAUGGUCUCGGAGAACAGUGGAAUGCCAGGAUAAUGCUGGCAUUUACUAUAACCACUGUGACCAAGACCUCAGACCUGCAGACAUCAGGCCAUGUGCAGAUCUUCCAUGUCCCAUGUGGCAAAUAGGCCCAUGGUCUUCGUGUUCCCGAACAUGCGGUCAUGGGGAACGCCAACGCAAUGUGGACUGUGUUGAUUUCACUGGGAAGGUUGUUGACAAAGAGAAGUGUGAUUCUUCCAAGCAACCCAGGCCAGUAUUUGGAGAGUGUAUGUACCAGGAGUGUUAAACACACCUAAGCAGACUUUAACAUUAGACCUGUCCUGAAGGCCACAAGUCCAGCAUGGUUUGGUGAUUCCCCUCAUCAUUAAUUCAUUAAUUCGUCCCAUUAUUUUAAUGCCAAGUUUAGUAGGUUUGUAAAAGCUGGUAAAGCACCAAACUGUGCUGGACUCCUCCAGCCAUCUGGGAUCUAGUAUUUGACAGAAAAAUUACAACUAUUACUAACCUCCUUGACAGGGCUUUGAAGCAAAGCAGUAGAAGCUUAGUUUUAGGAUGAAGAACUAAAUCAGUCCAAACAACAUGCCUUUGGCCUGUUUGAAUGAAGUGCUGUUUCCAACAUAUAUUUAAAACCACUAUUUCUUUAUUUCCAGUAGAGAUCUACCUCAAGUGGAUAUAAUAUUUUAAUCAGCAUCCUCUGGUUGUUUUCACAUACAGUGAUUCUCUAAAUCAAUACAGACUGAAUAAAUCAGUAUCCGGGCAUUUCAAUCUUGGGAUACAUAUUCAGUAACUUAUUUUUUUGGUAGGUCUGAUUGUUAUUUAUGUCAUAUAACAGUAAUAGCUCACCUACAACUAGUCAAAUUAAUGACAGUUGAAUACAUUUCUUAUUUUACUGUUGCAAAGUCAUUAUGGUAUUCACUUUACAGGUUUUGUCCAAAGCUAGUAGAAUUGUUUUAAUUUGUUCUGAGAAUUAGUGAAAUGAUGUAGAGUACUUUAAUGUGACAGAGUCAGUAUGGCUUUCCCACUUUUUCCUCUAGUAAUUUAAGCUAAGAAAUAGUUUAGUCAUGUUUGUGACAUGCAUUUACCGUACAUCUAUAUUACCCGAGGUGAUACGAGCAUGAUUUACUAAUUUUUUAAAAUUGUUCAGAGCCUUCAACCAUUUCUGCAUUGUCUCAUUAUGUAAACUUUAUAUGAGCAUUCCAGUUGUGUAUAUUACAUGUAUCAAACAUAUCGAAAAACAGUAAUGUGUAUUAUCCCUUCAGUGAAGGUCCAUGCUAUUUUAUUAUUUCAUAACAUCUUCAUAGAGUUAUUUAUUAUUAUUAUUAUAUUUAAAGUUUCUAUAUUUUAAAUGGACAUAAAAUAAAAAGAAAAUUUCUUGCGGUG